GAAGUAAACAUUUUUCAAAAAUAAACGUUAAUGAAACAUGAUAAAAAUUUGGAUCUCGAUUUGAGGAGCUCUGCCUUUAUGUUUUAAUCAUGGGAAUGUUGUGUUUUUUUUUAUCUCUACAGUUCAACUGUCAAAAGUACAUUUCAAUUUAAUGAAUUAGUAACAGGUCAAUGUUGCAAGGGUUAGGGGGGAAGGGGAAGGGUGAAUUAUCACAUGGUCUAUGAAAUAGAAAUGUUUAAGGAUCAUUGCUCUAAACAAAUAAAAAAUUAAAAAAAAACUGACAAGAUUAAGCAAAACUGUCAUGUUUGUCGAUGUAAUUAAUACAUUUGACACUGACAAUAAUUAUAUAUACAAAAGUAAUUUAUUGUUUAAUUUUAAUUCGAAACUAAUUGCAAUGUUGUUAAGGUGCAGAUGUGUUUUUAACUUACAAAGGGUGGGGGUUCGAUAUGCAACGUCAGUGGUACCAGAUUAUACAUUUUGCUCUGAAAUGCCCCAAAACGAACCUAUUUUGGGUUAUAUGAAAAAUUCAAAAGAACGGGAGCAACUGGAGGCCGCUAUAAAACAUUUAAGAAGUUGUACUGACGAAAUUCCUGUAGUUAUAGGAGAUAAUGAGUACAGAACUGGAGACUACUUUUAUCAGGUAAUGCCCCACGACCAUCACCAUAAACUGGCCAAGGUAUACAAAGCUACCCCUGAUUUAAUUAAUCUGGCCAUAAAGGUGGCCACCGAGACCCAGAGGUGUUGGGAAUUUGUACCCUUGAACCAAAGGGCUGCUAUUUGGAAUAGAGCUGCUGAUUUAAUGGCUUUCGAUUACAGGCAAAUACUAAAUGCGGCAACUAUGUUGGGUCAGUCGAAAACGGUUAUUCAAGCCGAAAUUGAUUCGGCGGCGGAAUUGAUUGAUUUCUUUCGGUUCAACGUUUAUUAUUUGAGUCAGGCAACGUUAAAUAAGCCGUUAUCACCCCAGCCAGCCCAGUGGAGAAAUUUUAUGAGAUUUAGGGGUAUUGAUGGAUUUAUGGCAGCGAUAACGCCGUUCAAUUUCACUGCAAUCGGUGGAAAUUUGGCUUACACUCCGGCUCUUGUCGGCAAUGCAGUUCUAUGGAAACCCAGUGGUACUGCCGUAUUAUCAAAUUGGCACGUAUUUAAAAUAUGUCGGGAAGCUGGGGUGCCUGCUGGGGUGGUAAAUUUUAUCCCCUCCGAACCAGUUGAUUUUGGUCGCGCCAUAACUACGUCCCCAUAUUUGGCUGGAAUUAACUUUACAGGGAGUCCGAAAACGUUCAAUUGGUUGUGGGUGGAAGUAGGAAAAAAUAUUGAAAGUUACAUCAACUAUCCGAAAAUGAUCGGAGAAUGUGGCGGUAAAAACUUUCAUUUCGUCCAUCCUUCUGAAACCGACAUAGAAUCAGUGGUUAAUUUUACAAUCAGAAGUGCCUUUGAAUAUAGCGGGCAAAAGUGUAGCGCUUGUUCUAGAAUGUACGUGCCACAUAGCCUAUGGCCGAAGAUUGAAUGUGGUCUGAAAGAAAAGGUGACCUCAUUAAUAGUUGACGAUCCUACCAAAUAUGAUACAUUUACUGGUGCGGUAAUCGACAACUUGUCAUUUAAGAAGAUAAAGGAUUAUAUAAUGUAUGCUAAAAAUAACAGUGGACUGCAAGUAAUAGCUGGAGGGAAAUGUGAUGAUAGUAUAGGAUAUUUCAUUGAACCUACAAUAAUCCUCACAAGAAAUCCACACGACAAAUUAAUGAAAGAAGAAAUCUUCGGUCCCGUUUUAACGGUUUUCGUCUACCUUGAUAGGGACAUUCAGAAAACUAUGGAAUUGGUGGGAUGCAGCACCAAUUUUGCUCUUACAGGCGCAGUUUUUGCCAAGGACGAGAAAUUUUUGAAAUGCGCUCUCGAAAUGUUUAAAAUGGCUGCGGGGAAUUUUUAUAUUAAUGAUAAGUCUACAGGGAGCGUGGUUGGGCAACAGCCGUUUGGUGGUGCGAGAUUGUCAGGUACCAACGAUAAACCUGGCGGUCCUUAUUAUCCCAUAAGAUUAUCGAAUCCGCAAGUAAUUAAAGAAACGUAUAUUCCCCAAAAGGAUAUUCUGUACCCUUACAUGCAACAACCUUAGGAAAAAAAAUAAUAAUAAUAAACGAUAUAUUUGUUUGGCAAA